AUGACUAAUGUUCGAUUUUCAUCAUUGGCUGAAUAUCGUGACAUUGAAACAACAAAUUUUCAUCGAGAUGCUAUAGAAUCUGGUCUAUCAUUGGAAAAAAUCAUGACAGUAAUCUAUACAAAAUCGCGUGAUAAUGCUCGUACGCCAAUGCAAUGGUCAAGUUCAUUGGUUCAUGGUGGUUUUACUAACAGUGUUGUUGAUAUCAAGCCUUGGAUUGGCGUUAAUCCGAACUAUAUGGAUAUUAAUGUUGAAGAUGCUUUAAAUGAUUCAAAUUCUAUUUUUUAUUACUAUCAAAAAUUGAUUCAAUUACGAAAAGAAAUGCCAAUUAUGGUUCGUGGAAAUUAUGAUGUUCUUUAUGAAGAUCACAUGCAUAUCUUCAUGUAUAAACGUUUCGAUGAAAGUACUCAUGAAAUUAUUGUUGCCUGCAAUUUUACUUAUCAAAUCGUGACAAUCGACGAUAGUUCAUUGAAUGAGCGAUUGAAGAAAAAUGGUCGAUUAUUAAUAAGUAAUUAUGAUGAUAAUCAAGCGAAUAAUAAAUCAAAUUGGCUCCAUUUUCGUGCUUAUGAAACUUGGGUCAUCGAGUUGCCAGCAGAGACAAAAUAG